GGAAGUGGCCCCUGUGCCAUGAUGCUGAUGUCACUCCUUUCAUUUGAUAUUUUUGUACUUCUUUUCCAGUAAAUACUUUACUUUCAUUUCGUACUGCACAUUUAAGCAAAACAGUUGGAGAAUUUUCACAUUAAGCAGGGCUCUAUUAUCAGAGUUCUGAAGUAGGCACAGGCCCCUCCUCCAACUCUAGAAGGAAGAUGUAGGUUGCUAUCCUUAUUGUUUCUUUGUUUCUUUCUUAUUAAAGGAAUGGGUUUUAAACAUCAUUUGAAACCUCUGAACUGCUGGGUACCUGUGUGUUGUGAUUAUAGUCACAUAGAUCAAUUUGGCAUUGGAGAACCACCGACGUUUUGAUAAAUGAAGGUGUAGUUGGUGAUUCCCUCAGCUGAGAUUUCCCUUACUUCAUCCUCAUGUACAUCCUCACCUUCCUUUGAACAUCUUGGGGUCUUUUCCUCCUCAGAACCUAAGCUCAUGGUGGACCCUCUGCAGGAAUGUGCUCAUCUCUCACCCCUGCCCGUGAUUCAAGUCUGUUGAACCAUUUCAUCUUAGAGAACUUUCCCCUUUUACCCAAUUGUUCCUUUUCUUCGUGGAAACGGCCUGCCUGAUACAUAAAUCUUGGUAGACAGCGUGGCUGCAGCCGUCGAGCUGGAAUUCCCUGCAGCUUUGUGAGCCGAGCGUGUUUGGAGUGUGGCGUCCCAGCCUGCAGCCUGCAUCAUGCCAGCUUUGUCAACAGGAUCUGGGAGUGACACAGGUCUGUAUGAGCUGUUGGCUGCUCUGCCAGCCCAGCUGCAGCCACAUGUGGAUAGCCAGGAAGACCUGACCUUCCUCUGGGAUAUGUUUGGUGAAAAAAGCCUGCAUUCACUGGUAAAGAUUCAUGAAAAGUUACACUACUAUGAAAAGCAGAAUCCUGUGCCCAUCCUCCACGGCGCGGCAGCCUUGGCCGAUGACCUGGCUGAAGAGCUUCAGAACAAGCCGUUAAACAGUGAGAUCAGAGAGCUGUUGAAACUACUGUCAAAACCCAAUGUGAAGGCUUUGCUCUCUGUGCACGAUACUGUGGCUCAGAAGAAUUAUGAUCCUGUAUUGCCUCCUAUGCCUGAUGACAUUGACGAUGAGGAAGACUCCGUAAAAAUCAUCCGUCUGGUCAAAAAUAGAGAACCACUGGGAGCUACCAUUAAGAAGGAUGAGCAGACAGGGGCCAUCGUUGUGGCUAGAAUCAUGAGAGGAGGAGCUGCCGACAGAAGUGGUCUUAUUCAUGUUGGUGAUGAACUUAGGGAAGUGAAUGGGAUACCAGUUGAGGAUAAAAGGCCUGAAGAAGUAAUUCAGAUUUUGGCUCAGUCCCUGGGAGCAAUUACAUUUAAGAUUAUACCUAGCAUCAAGGAGGAGACACCAUCGAAAGAAGGCAAGAUGUUUAUCAAAGCCCUCUUUGACUAUGACCCUAAUGAGGAUAAAGCCAUUCCAUGUAAGGAAGCUGGGCUUGCUUUCAAAAAGGGAGAUAUUCUUCAGAUUAUGAGCCAAGAUGAUGCAACGUGGUGGCAAGCGAAGCAUGAAGGCGAUGCCAAUCCCAGAGCAGGCUUGAUCCCUUCAAAGCAUUUCCAGGAAAGGAGAUUGGCUCUGAGACGACCAGAAAUAUUGGUUCAGCCCCUAAAAGUUUCCAACAGGAAAUCAUAUGAGGAAACAGUUGAGUGUGAGGAAAUUAAAGAAGAUGCUGAAUAUGCUGGUAACAACAGUGGAACCUAUCUAGAUGCUGUCUGUGCCACAGCUGGUUUUAGAAGAAGUUUCCGUCUUAGUAGAAAAGAUAAGAAAACAAAUAAAUCCAUGUAUGAAUGCAAGAAGAGUGAUCAGUAUGACACAGCUGAUGUACCCACAUAUGAGGAAGUCACCCCCUAUCGGCGACAAACUCAUGAGAAAUACAGACUUGUUGUGUUGGUUGGUCCUGUAGGAGUAGGUUUGAAUGAACUGAAACGAAAGCUGCUGAUCAGCGACACACAACACUACGGUGUGACAGUGCCCCACACUACGAGAGCAAGAAGAAGCCAGGAGAGCGAUGGUGUUGAAUACAUUUUCAUUUCCAAGCAUUUGUUUGAGACAGAUGUCCAAAAUAACAAGUUUAUUGAAUAUGGUGAAUAUAAAAACAACUACUACGGCACAAGUAUAGACUCGGUUCGGUCUGUCCUGGCGAAAAACAAAGUUUGUUUGUUGGAUGUUCAGCCUCAUACAGUGAAGCAUUUAAGGACGCUGGAAUUUAAGCCGUAUGUGAUAUUUAUAAAGCCCCCAUCAAUAGAGCGUUUGAGGGAGACAAGAAAAAAUGCAAAGAUUAUUUCAAGCAGAGAUGACCAAGGUGCUGCCAAGCCCUUUACAGAAGAAGACUUUCAAGAAAUGAUUAAAUCUGCACAGAUAAUGGAAAGUCAAUAUGGUCAUCUUUUUGACAAAAUUAUAGUAAAUGAUGAUCUCACUGUGGCAUUCAAUGAGCUAAAAACAACUUUUGACAAAUUGGAGACAGACACCCAUUGGGUUCCAGUGAGCUGGUUACAUUCAUAACUAAGGGAAAUUCCCAUAAUCAUUUUUCUUUUGGUAGAGUGCAUGAUUAAAUCAGUUACCGUUUUGGUGGGAGGGUGUUUUAGUCUAUAUCACUGCUAUAGAUGUGCAAUCUUGGUUAAAACUGAUUGUUGGUUUUGUUUGUGUAUUUUUACAGCUUUAUUUCAAACACAAUGUUUGAGUAUAAGAUCCCAAAUCAAAAUUUGCAGAGUACUAUAUUCUGAGCAAAGCUUUGAACCUUCUGGUUGUCUUUAAUAUACAGCUCUAGCUCCGAGAUAAGGUUGAACUUUUUAGAGAGGCGUAGCUAGAGGAUAUAUAUUGGAGUUCAGCGCUUCAGCUGGACUCAGACAUGGUCACUGCCAUCAGGCUCGCAUGUUAGCAGGAGAAGGUGUUAACUUGGCUGCCUUGAGCAGCUCCAGACAGAGGGGACAGCUUUGCUGUUUUUUUUGGUGGGUCAUCAUAGGUUCACCUGGGCUGGCAAUAAGGAGGAGUCUUCCUACUAUUCUAAAAGUACAACCUUUUUCUUACAUAUACACAAUGUAUUCACAGUGUGUACAUUUAAAAAUCUUAAAGGAAUUACUGAAAAUUUUCCUUAGUGACUGGUCUUCAUGUUAUAGCUUGAGAAGGCCAUAUGAAUACAUAUAAUGACUCAACAAAUUUUAAACGUCUAUCUUCCCUUAUUAAAUAUUAUUAUACAUAUAACUAAAAACCUUUCCUUACAGCAUUAACCUUAGUAAGAAUGAUGAUAUCUUGGGGCAAGUAAUAAUUACGAAAGAUAUUUUUAUUUGUAAAUCUUCAGACAACAUUUAUGGAGUCACCAAAAGGGUUUUUUUUUUAGCUGACUUUGGCUUUUCCCCAUAAAUUAUAAGAAUGUGAUUCCUAUUCUAAAAGUAAAUGUUUUACAUGUUACUGAUAUAUACGUUAAAUAAAAUGUGAUCAUUUGUCACAUAUGUGCAAUUGAUCACCAUAUAUUGAAAUUUCACUAACAUGUAUUUUAGAAAACUUUCCAUGUAAUGUUAAUUUAUUUCUUCAUCAUCAAAAGAAUUCUUAACACUGGCUAGAUACCAUCCUAAUCUUCCCAUUUUUAAGGAAUUUUAAGAAAGACUCUUAUAUUGUAGAUAUUUAGAUGGGAUCUCUCAUUUUACUUAGAUACUACUGAUCUUCAGCAAGUAACUUAUAUCGCUCAAAAUGCUAGAAAUGUCCUGCCAUUCUUGCACGCGGUAAGACCCUGCCAAUCCGAAGUCAUUGCAUCUGUGACUUUCAAACAGAAAAAAAAGACUUUUUGUUGAUUUGUAAAGAAAGUUUAGAUGUCAUGUUUAAAAAAAAAAUAGAAUGUAGUAAAAUUUUAUAUAUUUAUGAAAUAUUUGAAAGGCAUAUUUUUUUAAUUAUCAAAUGGGGCUAUUCAUAAGAUAAACUGAUUGUAUGUAAAGAUGUCCUAAUUUAAAAUAGUAGUUUUAUAAGUCAGGGUCAACAUUCCAUGUAAAUAUUUGACCUUAUUUGUACACAGAUAGAUCCGCACGUGUUAUAUGUGCACUGCACAUUUGAUAGCAUUAUCCACUGGAUUUCCUUCAGACCUGUCAAAUUUCAUGUUAGAAACAGAGACAGAGACUACUGGACUGGCCUUGAACACCAAAAUAGCUAGAUAAUUGAUCAGACUAAAUGUUACUUAACAACAUCAUCCAAACAGUGAGUUCCAAGUUUAUUAGCUAAAUAGCAAGCAAUUUAGUUAAAAAAAAAAAAAGUGGGGAAGAGGGCUUCCAAAUCUGAUAUAAAGCCAUCCUUUAACGUUGUGUGGCCGGUCUAAGAAAAGACAAGUCUUCCAUACAGAGUUUGGGUAGAAUAUUCUCCUCUUGAACAUUGACUAAAAUUUCCCAUAAAUCAAGAUUUCCUUUACAAAGAGUAAUGGGAAAUGUAUAAUAAUUUAGGCAAUCAUCUGAAUAAUUUAGGCAGCCCACAUUCUUUGUUCUGAAACACCUACAUCGAUUUUUUUUUAAUUUGCAGAUAAUUGCCUGAAUUCUUUACUAUGGGGUAGAGAUAAUAGUGGAAGGCAAUGGAAACUGAGUCCUUUGUGUUGGUCGUGGUAACGGGGGUAAUAAAAAGAUAACUGUCCAGACCUUUCUCCCUUUUUACAUUAGAGCUGAACAAUAUUCUUAAAAUAAAAGGGGCACUUUGGCAAUUUGAGAAAUCUUUUUUCAGGUAGCAAACAUGGUCUGCAAGUGACAUUUACAUGGCCAUCUUGAUGCUUAGCGAUUUGGUUAAAAUUUAAUAAGGCAGGGCCAACUCCAAGGGCCUGUUGGUCACUGUAGCAAAAGGCCCUUGAUUCUGUACUUUCUGCACCCCCAACCAGCAAGGAGACUCGCACAUGCUCCCCUCACUCUACUAGUUCUUUCACCAGCUGGCACCCAAGACAGAGUGUCAGCCACUAUUGAGAAAAGACGAAUGUUUACAUUUUUUAGGUCCAUAUAUUUAAAAUCCAAGAUCAAGAAGGAAAUUCUAUAUUCCCAUGAUUAACAAAUUAGAGUAGGUUAAAAAUAAGGUGAAGUUGAAAUCUAAUUUUUUACUAUUAUUUUACUUACCAAUAUAGAUGUUCUUGAUAUCCUUAAGGCUGGCAUUCCUGGUAUCACGUAGUGAUUGAAUGUAUCCAAACUGUAAUAAUUUAAAGUUGACAAAUGUGUAAACUUCUCAGAUCUACAAAACUAUGUUAUUAAAAGCUUCCUGAAGAUAUAGAUUUUUAUUAUUUAUUUUCUUUUUGACUAGUAAGGAUUUAUAAAUAAAUGUAAUGGAAAACCUUUGAUCUUAAUAAAGUAUCUUCAAAUUA